AUGUCCGGCAAGCGACCUUCCUCCCCAAGUUCCUCAGCUCCGGGCGCUGAUAACAAGCGGGCCCGUAUCAUAGACCGCCCCGGCUCAGGCACAAGAAAGGGGUCUGGGACGGGCAAAGAUUAUCUCGGGCCCGAGCGUCCCCGUCUUGCGCCCAUCGGUGUCAUAGCGCAAGACAGGACCGCCGCACCGCAGGCCGCCGUGCCUCGUGAGGCGAUCGACUAUGCGGGUCGCAACCGACCCCGCCUUGCUCCCAUCAGUCUCGUCCCAGCGACGAGGACGGUCCCCGCCUCGGACGUCGGCGCGCCGCAAGGGCCGAUCGACUACGCGGGUCGCAACCGACCCCGUCUUGCUCCGGUUGGUCUGGUCCCAGCGACGAGGACGGUCCCCGCCUCGGACGUCGGCGCGCCGCGAGGGCCGAUCGACUACGCGGGUCGCAACCGACCCCGUCUUGCUCCCGUCAGUGUCGUCCCAGAGACGACGACGGUCCCCGCCUCGGAAGUCAGCGUGCCGCGAGGACCGAUCGACUACGCGGGUCGCAACCGACCCCGCCUUGCUCCGGUCGGUCUCGUCCCAGCGACGAGGACGGUCUCCGCGCCGGACGUCAGCGCGCCGCGAGGGCCCGUCGACUACGCGGGUCGCAACCGACCCCGCCCUCCUCCCAUCGGUCCCGUCCCAGUGCCCAGGACGGCCCACGCCUCGGACGACAAUGUAUCGCUGAUGAGCCCCUAG